GAGAUAAUGACGUUAAUAUUAGAGAUAACUAUGACUAUAACUUGGUCAUUAUCUACUCAUGUAAAUCUUGUGUAUAUAUACCUUGCAUUGUACGUUAAUAAGACCAACACAUUACAUUCUAUUUUUAUGGUAUCAGAGCUAUACGAUUUCUGAAACCUAUUUUUUCGUUUCCGCAAACCUAAUUCCUUAUUCUACUUCUAUUUUUCGUGGUUGUCUCCUUGAUAAUCAUGGCUGCAUCUUCUGCUUCUACUACUACGGAUACUGCCGGUUCUAUUACUUCUGGGAAUCUGGCUUCUACUAAUCCCUACUAUUUGCAUCCUUCCGAUAAUCCGGGAGCCCUAAUUACACCGGUGUUACUUCGUGGUGAUAACUACUCUGAAUGGGCAGUUGAGUUUUGGAAUUCUCUCCAAGCUAAACAAAAGAUAGGGUUUCUCGACGGAACUAUUCAAAAACCGACGACUAACCCUGAUCUUGCUCGAUGGACGUCUACCAAUUCUAUGAUUGUUGGAUGGAUGCGUACAUCUAUUGAUCCACAAGUUCGCUCUACUGUCUCUCAUGUUGCAGAUGCCUCAAAGCUAUGGGAGUCACUUAAGCAACGAUUCUCAGUCAAGAACAGUGUCCGUAAGCACCUAGUCGAAGACGAGAUUACUAACUGCAAGCAGAAUGGUCAAACCGUUCUUGAAUAUUUUGGACGGCUCUCUAAACUCUGGGAAGAGCAACAAACCUUCAGGUCCAUUACUCCUUGCACUUGCGACGCUGCUACUGAUCUUGAUAAGGAACGUGAGGAUGCUAAAAUUCAUAAAUUUUUGUUUGGUCUCGAUGGAGUUCGUUUUGGCUCUAUCAGAUCUCUCAUCAUUGAUGAAGAUCCCUUACCUGACCUUAAUAUUGUUUACUCACGGGUCAUAAGAGCUGAGCAACAUCUCAACAAUAUGCGAUCCGUUGAUGUUAAACAAGAUGCUAUCGGUUUCUCGGUUAAAUCAGAUUCUACGGUUCCAGCUUCAUCGCCCUCUGUUUCUGCAACUCCAUACCGUAACAGAGACGCCAACCGUUCUUGUACACACUGCAAGCGUACCGGACAUGAAGCCUCUGAGUGCUUUCUCCUACAUGGUUAUCCGGAAUGGUUUCUCGAACAACAACGUUCGCGGGGUACUUCGGGUCCAAGCAACAGAGGUCGCGGCGGUCGUCUCUCUACUUCCGGCGGACGUGGUCGCGGUCGUGCCACUUCUGCAGCAGCUGUUAAUACUGCUCCUACCUCUACUACUACUUCCGAUCAGAUAUCAGCACUGAUCAACCUACUUCAAACUCAACAAAACCAACUCUCAGUCGAUCGUCUCUCUGGACCGUUUUACGAGGACCCUGAUUGGAGCCGGUGAAGAGAGAGAGGGGGUCUACUACUAUAAAGGAGUCUCAGUUGCUCGAUCAAGUCAAACACGCGGCGAUAACCUUUCACCUACUGUUUUAUGGCAUCGACGACUUGGACAUCCGUCUCCUAAAGUGCUUUCUACAUUGCCUGCGUUUUCUGAUACUAAAGUUGUUUUAGAUGAUACACACUCGUGUGACAUUUGUUUUCGUUCUAAACAAACUCGAUCUGUUUUUCCCGAAAGUAGUAAUAAAGCUUCGGCACCUUUUGCUUUAAUUCAUGUCGAUGUCUGGGGUCCUUAUCGCACUCCUGCAUCUUGCGGUGCCGCUUAUUUCCUGACCAUAGUGGACGAUUACUCUCGCGCCGUCUGGACUUAUCUGAUGUUGGAGAAAUCAGAAGUUCAAGGCUUGAUUAAAAAUUUUUGCGCCAUGUCUGAGAAACAAUUCGGUCACGUUGUUAAAGCUAUCCGCUCAGACAACGGUACUGAGUUUAUGGUGCUCAAAUCGUUUCUUAACCAACAAGGAAUCCAGCAUCAAACAUCUUGCGUUGAUACACCACAACAAAACGGUCGCGUCGAACGCAAGCAUCGUCAUAUCCUUAAUGUUGCCCGAGCACUUUUGUUUCAGGCUAAUCUACCUACUACAUUCUGGGGCGAGAGUAUUCUCACGGCUGCUUACUUGAUCAAUCGUACUCCAACGCCUCUCCUUAAGGGACAAACGCCAUACAGUCUUCUCUACGGUUCGGCUCCAUCAUAUGACUCUCUCCGUACCUUCGGUUGUUUGGCUUACGCUCACAAGAAGGAUCGUACGAAAGAUAAGUUUUCUUCACGAAGUCGCAAAUGUCUGUUCGUUGGCUAUCCUUAUGGCAAAAAGGCAUGGCGCCUCUAUGACAUUGACGACAACGUCUUCUUCUCUAGUCGCGAUGUUAUCUUCAUCGAAGAUCAGUUCCCUGGUAUCCCUGCAGAUACUUUUGUUUCCCCUACUUCUAUAUCUCCUCCUGAGCUUGCUUUCGAUGAUAUAGAUUUAUUACAUGAUCCUCCCUCUACUACAACUAAUACCCCGCCUACAUUGCCACCUAAUGAUGCUACUACUUCGUUACCCUUAUCAUCAUCUCUUCCUUCACCUGAUACUACUCCCUCAUUACCUUUACCCUUACCAUCACCACCUUUCCCAAUAUCCUCUCCUGCAUCACCACUACCAUC